GCUCUCACCUCUCUCUCUCUCUCUCUCUCUCUCUCUUUCUUUCUUUCUUUUAUUUUGGUUUUAAGCCUCCUCGUCUCGUCUCCCCCGCUUGCUUCCUCCUCUUCUCCAUAGAUAGAGGCAGACAAGAGCUCAUUCCCCUUUCCCCCUCUCUCCGGUCGCGCGCGUCGCCUUCGCUUUGGGCUUCUACCGCGAGCUUUUGACACCUCGAUCCCCGCCGGUUCACGCUCUCAGAUUGGUUCGAUCGGGAUUCGAGCCGACGGAGGAGGCGCAGAGUGGAGAAAGAUCGAGGAUUUGGCUCGAUUCAGGGUUCGAUCCGCGUUUUGUCGGUGGAGAUAGGGGGGAAAAGGGCUCGUGAUCACUGCAGUUGUCCCCCCACCCCCCUCGGAGGUUUGAUGGGUCGAUGAAAGGGGCGAGGGAGGAGGCUUUGAUGGGUUCUCAGCUCAAACGGCCCAACGUUCCUCGAGCGGAUCCGUCCGGGCAAACCCAUAUGGCUCCAGCACCGGCAACUGGUAGUACACCCAAACUCACAACUAAUGAUGCUCUAGCUUAUCUGAAGGCUGUGAAAGAUAUAUUUCAAGACAAAAGGGAAAAAUAUGAUGAAUUUCUUGAAGUCAUGAAAGAUUUCAAGAGCCAGAGGAUUGACACAAAUGGGGUUAUCAUGAGGGUGAAGGAAUUAUUUAAGGGGCAUCGGGAUCUGAUCUUGGGCUUUAACACCUUCUUGCCAAAGGGAUAUGAGAUUAAGUUACCAGAAGAAAAGAAACCAGUCGAAUUUGAGGAAGCAAUCAAUUUCGUUAACAAAAUUAAGAAUCGUUUCCAGAAUGAUGAUCAUGUUUACAAGUCAUUCUUAGAUAUCCUGAAUAUGUAUCGAAGGGAGAAUAAGUCAAUUCAUGAGGUCUACCAAGAGGUGGCAGCCCUCUUUCAGAAUCAUCAAGAUUUGCUCGAGGAAUUCACACACUUUUUGCCUGAUGCUUCAGCAACAUUUGCUCCACAUUAUCCAUAUUCUGGUCGGCCCUUUGUGCGUCGAGAUGACAGGAGCUCUAUUAUGCCUACAGCAAGGCAUGUUCAUGGGGAUAAGAGGGAUAGAGCUUAUACAUCACAUGCCGAUCGCGAUUUUAGUGUCGAUCGUCCUGAUACAGAACAUGAUAGGCAGAGAAGACUUGCAGAGAAAGAAAAAGAUAGGAAGGAAGAUAGGGACAAAAGAGACCGAGAAUGGGAUGAGAAGGACAUGGAUCAUGACAGCGGAGAUUUAGGUAACACACAUCCUAGGCGUAAACACUCAUCUAAAAGGGUGGAUGACUCUGUUGCCGAGCCAAUGCAGCAAGGAGGUGAUGGCGCUGAUGGCAUUUAUAGCAUUUCAGCUUCAUCUUUUGAUGAUAAGAAUGCUUUGAAGAGUGUAUAUACCCGAGAAUUUAACUUUUGCGAGAAAGUCAAGGAAAAGUUGCACCCUGACACAUACCAGGAGUUUUUGAAAUGCCUUCACAUAUACAGCAAAGAAAUAAUAAAUAGAACAGAAUUAAAGAAUCUGGUAAGUGAUAUCCUUGGAAAGUAUCCAGAUCUCAUGGACGGCUUCAAUGAAUUUUUGGCACAUUGUGAAAAUAUAGAUGGAUUUCUCGAAGGAGUAUUCAACAAAAGACACAUUGCUAGGCCAGUUAAGUUAGAGGAUGGAGACAGAGAAAGAGAGCGUGAAAUGGAUAAGAGGGAGAAAGAUCGUGAAAGGGAAAGAGUUGACAAAGGUGCUCUUUACAAUUCUAAAGAGGGUGCCUCUCACAAGGCUACUUUGUUCACAAACAAAGAAAAGUAUAAUUUAUGGAAACCUAUUUCAGAGCUUGACCUCUCAAAUUGUCAACGUUGUACCCCAAGUUACCGUCUUCUACCAAAAAAUUAUCCGAUUCCUCCUGCUAGCCACAGGACUGAACUUGGAGUGUCAGUAUUAAAUGAUGUAUGGGUAUCAGUGACUUCUGGAAGUGAGGAUUACUCCUUCAAGCACAUGCGCAAAAACCAAUAUGAAGAAAGCUUAUUUAGAUGUGAAGAUGAUAGAUUUGAGCUGGAUAUGUUAUUGGAAUCGGUGAAUAUCACAACCAAACGAGUGGAAGAAUUAAUAGAAAUGAUGCAAGACCCUGUCAAAUCAGAAAAUCCAACUCGCAUGGAAGACCACCUUAACUCUUUAAAUUUGAGGUGCAUUGAACGGUUAUAUGGUGACCAUGGCCUUGAUGUCAUGGAUGUACUUCGCAAGAAUGCCAGUCUUGCUUUGCCAGUCAUAUUAACCCGCCUGAAACAGAAGCAAGAGGAAUGGUCUAGGUGUCGUUCAGAUUUUAAUAAAGUUUGGGCUGAAAUAUAUGCCAAGAACUAUCAUAAAUCACUUGAUCAUCGCAGUUUUUAUUUUAAGCAACAGGAUACAAAGAGCUUGAGCACAAAAGCUUUGCUGGCUGAGAUUAAAGAAAUUAAUGACAAGAUGAAGAAGGAGGAUGACAUUCUUGUCACCAUUGCUGCCAGAAAUAGGCAGCCUAUUGUUCCCAAUAUGGCAUUUGAGUAUGUUGAUGUAAGUAUCCAUGAGGAUUUGUAUCAGAUCAUUAAAUAUUCAUGUGGAGAAGUUUGCACAUCUUCUGAUCAAUUGGACAAAGUCAUGAAGAUAUGGACUACUUUUUUAGAGCCCCUAUUGGGUGUUCCAUCUCGAAACCAACUUGCAGAAGAUGCUGAAGAUGUGAAACCUAAGAGUCGUGUUGUCAAAGCCAAUUUGUCAGUUGUGGGUGAAAGCAAUGGGAGCCCCGGUGCUGAUUAUGCUGGUGCUUCCAAGCAAAGCAAUGGUGAUGAGAACAUUCCAUCUGAACAAACAGCUCUGUGCAGGACUAGGUCAGCCAAUGGAGAUACAACAGUUACUGAAAAUGGUUUUCAUGAUGUUGAUCAAACCACUCGCCAUGGAGAAAAUCUUUGUAACAAUUUGCUGCAAGGGAGAGUGCAGGGUAGUGCUCCUAUGGCUGAUGAAGUGUCUGGAAUAACUGGAACAAAUGUGUCUGCAGAGCGUAUGCCAGAUACCACUUCUGUUGCUGGUAGAGCUGAACAAUGUCACAAUAGAACAAACCGGGAGAUUGUAACAGGGGCUAGUGGUGCAUCUAGAGCUGCCAAUUUUGGAAACGAGACACUAGUUGAACCUCGAGCUACCAAUGAAAAUUUACCUGCUUCAGAGGGUGUACAAACUGGAAGGCCUAUCCUAGCGGCUAAUGGUGGUAACACCACUGAAGGCAACAAAGGUCACAGACCUAGUGAAGGUUCUGCUUCCUUGAAUAACCUUAAGGUUGAAAGAGAAGAAGGUGAAUUGUCACCGAAUGGAGACUUUGAGGAGGAUAAUUUUGUGACAUUUGAGGAUGUUGCUGUAAAUGUAACUCCUAAAGGGAAAGACGGUUCUUCUAGCAGACAGUAUCAAGUCAGACCUGGAGAAGUAGAGGCUUCCUGUGGUGAGGUUGCAGGGGAGAAUGAAGCGGAUGCUGAUGAUGAGGGUGAGGAAAGUGCUCAACGGUCUACAGAGGUCAGUGGAAAUGCAUCAGAGGCUGGUGAGGAUGUCUCCGGCAGUGAAUCUGGUGAUGGUGAGGAGUGCUCGCAUGAAGAUCAUGAAGAGGAAGAGGAUGAUGCCGGGAAUGACGACCAGGAUGCAAAGGCUGAAAGUGAGGGUGAAGCUGAAGGAGAAAUUACAUCACUACCAUUUUCUGAACGAAUUCUGCACACAGUUAAACCUCUUGCAAGACAUGUGCCUACAGCAUUACAUGAUAAGGAAGAUAAAUCUUCACGAAUUUUUUAUGGAAAUGAUUCAUUUUAUGUGCUGUUUCGGCUUCAUCAGACUUUGUAUGAAAGGAUACUCUCGGCCAAGACAAACUCAUUAGCUGCUGAAAAGAAAUGGAGAAGUUCUAAAGAUACAAGCCCUCCUGAUUUAUAUGCCAAAUUUAUGAGUGCUCUUUACCACCUUCUUGAUGGUUCUGCUGACAAUACCAAGUUCGAAGAUGAUUGUCGUGCUAUCAUUGGAACUCAGUCCUAUGUACUUUUCACAUUGGACAAGCUAAUCUAUAAAGUUGCUAAACAGCUUCAAGCAAUAGCUUCAGAUGAGAUGGAUAAUAAGCUUCUCCAACUAUACUUGUAUGAAAAAUCAAGGCGAUCGGGCAGAUCUUCUGAUCUAGUCUAUCAUGAGAAUGCUCGUGUGCUUCUUCAUGAUGAAAACAUAUACAGAUUUGAAUGUUGUUCACAAUCUUCAAGCAUGACCUGCCUAUCCAUUCAGCUCAUGGAAUAUGGACAUGAGAAGCCUGAAGUCACCGCUGUCACAAUAGAUCCCAGCUUUUCAGCUUAUCUAUGCAGUGAUUUUCUGUCAAGUGUUCCGGAUAAGAUAGGAGCAGAGGGUGUCUUCCUGGGAAGGAAUAAACGCAAAUAUGUGGGAGACGAUGAAAACACUUCUACUUGCAAGACCAUGGUUGGGUUUCAAGUAAUCAAUGGCUUGGAAUGCAAGAUAUCUUGCAGUUCUUCAAAGGUGUCUUAUGUGCUAGACACAGAAGAUUUCUUGUUCCGAGUGAGAAAGAAAAGGAGAUAUUCAUGUGGGGGGUCUAUAUUUCAUGACCAAGCACAGCCAUCACAAGUACAUGACACAAAAGUACAGCUGUUUCACCAAUUCCUGAUCAGUUUCCUGUCUAGAUCCUGAUGCAUCUUGCCACAAGAUAAAUGUGGCUGAUUGUUAUUAGUCAACAACCCACCCUAGAGCCCUCUCCUCGGCAGCAGAACUGAAAAUUUCUCGCCCGCGGGCAGUCACUUUCACACUACGCCCAUCUUGUUGUCUUCAAAAUAGUAGCUAAAUGGAUUUGUGGUACAUACGUUGAACAUUAUAAGUUGAUUGUAGUGGCUUUCGGCAUCACAUAUCUGUAUAUAUGUAUGACCUCGGACCUUCUGGCCCCUUGCACGGAUACUAUGUUUUGUUUUAUUCUUUUUCUUGUUCCAGCUUUUGGCUCAUAUUGGUAGUCCACCAGAACACAGUGUAACAUUCAGAUGUAAACUGCUUACUCCUGUAACAAGUGUAGGUAACCGCUGCAUGUACUUUGUCUGUCAUCGUUAAGAAUAUACGUGAUUGGCAUCUUGUUGGGAGUUCA